AUGAGAGCCGUAGAUACAGCUUUUGACCGGGAAUUCUGUUUUCUAAAGUACCUCGACGAUGCCGAUCAAUGCCAAGACUCAAUAACCGUCAAGCGCUCGGCCUAUUGGUGCUACUGCGGUCCUCUCCUCGACCCUUGGGACUCAUCAUUGCCAGGCAAUCUCUACGACUUUGAGAGUCAAGUCUUUACAGGCUCUAUUCACUCUAGGCUUCUUCCUUUUCUCAGCUAUAUCAACAAUCUUCUCGUCGCCAAGGGGUUUAAGGAUUACUUCCUCACCAUACGCGCUACGACACCAACUCACGAGUUUGAUCAAACAAGAUGGCACACAGAUGAACUCUUCUUCACUACGGACGUACUCCCCGGUACAAGACUAGGUCUCAAAUCACAACACCACAAAUAUCUCCAGAACACCGGAACGGACUGGAAGAUCUGCACUACCCUUCUCGGCCCCUCGACACUCUUCAUACCCGCAUCCCAUCAACCCUACGCUCGCAAAGCACAAGAAUGCGCCCGUAACGCAGCAAGUACAGACCAUGAAUGCGUGUCAAUUCGUUGUGUUGGCUGUGCAGCUGCAGCAGAUGCUGUGCGCGAGGAACUAGCUACUGUACUAAAACCCUUUGGUGCAGAAGCAGCAGAAAUAGGUGAAUGCUCUGUGUUCAAAAUUGGCAGGGAAUUUGGAGCUGUACACUCUGAACCUUGUAUGAGUGAGGGGGGUAGUGGUAGGGUUUUCAUCAAUGUCGUGCCGGGGGCAGAGGAUGAGUUGAGAGUACUCAUGGGGAAAUGGGGCAUGCAGUUCCCUAGACAGUGGUGGGUUGGAGGGAGAUGAAUGCGAGACAGCUAAUGAUAUGCAUCCAGCUUAUUUUCGCUUCUUGGUACGCUGUUUGAGGACCUCAUUUUGCUUGUUCUCGUUAAAAGUCGGAGAUUGUUGGUCUCAUGGUCAGCAUGUGUCUCGUCGCAUUGAGGCU